GGACGCCGAAGCAGCCAGCGAACCGCCCGAAUCGGUGCUCUGCAUACUGGGUAUACUAUACGCAGCAGUGUCCUACGAGUAGCUGUUCUGACCUCUACGAAGAAGUCCUCGUUGUAAUCCCCUCGCAUGGCCAAGCUUGGCCCGUCCGUUUUCUGACAGCCUCGGCUUGUUCCUUCGCUCCUGUUUUCAUUCUGUCCUCCUGCCUGCAGACGAAUUCCAGGUCAGCUGAAGCCGAUACUUCUAGAACUGGAGGACAAUAAAGAAGAUUCAAACAUCAUAGCCCAAUCACUUGAUUGGCCUUGUACAACGACAGGAAAUUCCUCACCGGAUCGGUGUGGCAAACCGUUACAUUUGGUGCAACAAAACAGGUCAUGUGAACGGACUCACUCAACAAUACCUCUCUCCGGGAUAUAAGCCUCAUUAUUUCCUUUGUUCCACUCUUCAAAUAUUGCCGACAAGUGCUCGGGCCCAAGAUCAAAACUGUCUUUAGCAGACCCGUCUCUCGCAAAUGUGCAUCGCACUCAUCUCGACGGCACACCCGUCAUAUCCACUGAUACUACUCGACAACCGAGACGAAUAUCUGGAUCGCCCGACCGACCCAGCAAGAUGGUGGCCAGACCCUCACUCUCACGUCCUCGGUGGUCGGGAUAUGCUCCGCGACAUCCAUGGCACGUGGCUCGGAGUAACGAAAAACGGCAAGAUCGCUGUGCUGACCAACUACCGUGAAGACACCACGCCGCCACCGUCCGCCAUUAGUCGCGGAGCGAUCAUCAAGAAAUUCCUCGCUGAGGACGUUGGGCCCGUGGAGGAAUUUGUUCAGCAUGUCGUCAACACCGGCAUCGCCAAGGAUGCAGGAGGCUUCAGUCUUGUCUGUGGCGAGAUCGGCCAAAAGUUGGCUGUCAUAUCGAACCGCGCCGAGGACCAAAGUCAAGUACCCUGGAUUGCCGGCGACGUCGUGCAUACUGUCGGCCUGAGCAACGCUGCCUUCUCAGACCGCACUUGGAACAAAGUCCUACUCGGUGAGGAGCUCAUGCUCAAUACAAUCCGGCACAAUAUCGAGAACGACGAAAGUGAAGAUCAGCUGAUCCAAAGAUUUCUCGACCUGCUCAGCCACGAGACAUUGCCGAGAGAAGGCAAACCUGACGGUGCGGGCUUGGAGGCGUAUAUCCCGGACCUUCGCCAUUCGAUUUACGUCCCCACCAUCGGCCGUAGGGAGAUGCAUCUGCCAGACGACGAGGUCGCCGCGGCAAGGUUGCAUGAGAAAGUCGAUGUGGUGGGCUUCAACACGCCGGUGCGAAAUAAUAGUCCCUCGAUGAAUCCGUCCAAAAAGGCUCGGCAGCUAGGUGUCACUGGCCUAUACGGUACACAAAAGCAGACCGUAAUUCUAGCUGAUAAGGAUUUCAAUGUGCGCUUCUUCGAACGGACUCUGUUCAACGAGGACUCCAACGCGAUACCACCUGGGCAGGGCGACGUCGAUGUGCGGUUUUCGAUUGAGAAGACAUGAAGCCCAUGAUGAAUUCGAGCUUACGUUCUGCAAGCUGGGAUCGGCGGUCGUGCGAAACAAUCCAUCCAUACAAGAAAGCAGCACAUCUGCUCUGAUGGCUCGGUUCGGCUCAGCUCAACACUGACUAACCCUGGGAGGCACCUUGGGAAACAUCAUAGCUGCAAGUCUGCUAAGCUCGGAGGGUCGUCGGCUCAUGCGUCGCUAAGUACUCAUGGCUUUCGUCGUUCCUGCUGCUGAAGAAUACUGCUACACACUAUGACUCGCUGCAGACUCAGAGCCAUACGAUCGAGCUCGGUUGCGGAGCUUGCGCUCCAUUAGGAGUUAUGCCUGGAGAGUGUCGGUCUUGACGAAAUCUGGGAGAAGACACCGAGCAGCUGAAGACGGGCUGGGCUGGGCUGGGCUGCUGAAUGGCAUGGCAAAGGGAACAGGACAGAACCAGCUGCCAUAUUCGCAACCGGACUCGAUCGCACGCUAACUCAACGAGUCACGUCUGAAUGCCGUAAGGGUUUUUGCUACUAUAUGGUACUUUGGGAUGUUGGUGCUCCUUGAACGAAUCAAUGUGACCAAGGCCCCUCUAGAUCGAGUGGAUAUUGGACGUAUGUAAACAACACUCUUGAAACCGAUUAAUCAAAAGCUCCACGAUCAGACUCUCCUGGACUACGAGUAUUACUUUCC